AUGCCAGCAUUAAUUGAAGCUCAACAAGAUCUUGAUACACCUAAAGCAGCUGAUAUAACUGAAAUGCGUAGUUUUGCUAAUCCAGUUGAUGCACUACGAUUAAUUGGUUAUUGUAUGCUUAUUUACUUAGGUCAACCAUCAAUUAGUUGGAAAGAUGUUAGAGCUGUUAUGGCUGAUAUGAAAUUUAUAAGAAAUUUAUAA